AUGGACGCCGCAUCUGCCCUCUCCCGAGGCGCUCUAGAUGCCAUAUUCAACGACCCCGACAAGGCCGCAAAGCUCUUCCCCGUCCCCGUCAUGCAGUGUCUGCAGGUCAAGCAGAUGGCUCCCUCUGCCCAGGGCGGCGACCGCUAUCGCCUCGUCAUGAGCGACGGCCAACACUACGUCCAGACCAUGCUCGCCACCCAGGCAAACCACGUCGUCCACGAUGGCAAGCUGACGCGAGGCUGCCUGGCCCGCGUCAAGCAGUAUACCCCCAACAACCUCAAGGGCAAAAACAUCCUCGUCAUCCUCGACCUCGAAGUCAUCGAGUCCUUUGGUGUCCAGGAGAAGAUUGGCGAGCCCGUCGCCGUCGACUCCAAGGGUCCCGCUGAAUCAACAAUCGCCGGCAACGACUUUUACGGCGCCAAAAAGGAAGAGCCCAAGACGCAGCAGUCGAUGCCCUCGCGGCCCGCCACCCACGCCGGCGCCACCAUUUAUCCCAUCGAGGGCCUGUCGCCCUUUGCCCACAAGUGGACCAUCAAGGCCCGCGUCUCGCUCAAGUCGGACAUCAAGACGUGGCACAAGGCCACGGGCGAGGGCAAGCUCUUCAGCGUCAACCUCCUCGACGAGAGCGGCGAGAUCAAGGCCACCGCCUUCAACGACCAGUGCGACGCCUUCUACGACGUCCUGCAAGAGGGCUCCGUCUACUACAUCUCCAGCCCCUGCCGCGUCAACAUUGCCAAGAAGCAGUUCACCAACCUGCCCAACGACUACGAGCUCACCUUUGAGCGCGACACGGUCGUCGAAAAGGCAGAGGACCAGACAAGCGUGCCCCAGGUGCGCUUCAACUUUUGCACCAUCCAACAGCUGCAGGGCGUCGAAAAGGACAACACGGUCGACGUCAUCGGCGUGCUCAAGGAGGUGGGAGAGGUCAGCGAAAUCACAUCCAAAAAGGACGGCCGGCCGUUUCAGAAGCGCGAGCUCACUCUCGUCGACGACACGGGCUACUCGGUGCGCGUCACGGUAUGGGGCAAGACGGCAAACUCGUUUGAUGCAAAUCCCGAGUCCGUCGUGGCCUUCAAGGGCACAAAGGUGUCCGACUUUGGCGGCAAGAGCCUGAGCCUGCUGUCCUCGGGGACCAUGACGGUCGACCCCGACAUUCCCGACGCCCACCGACUCAAGGGCUGGUACGACUCGGCCGGCCGCACCGACACCUUCUCCACGCACCAGGGUCUGGCCACCAUGGGCGGCGCCACGGGGCGCAAGGACGAGAUCAAGACGAUUGCGCAGGUCAAGGAGGAGAACCUGGGCGUCGACGACAUGGCCUACUACUCCAUCAAGGCCACCAUUGUCUUUGUCAAGCAAGACAACUUUUGCUACCCGGCCUGCUCGUCACAGGGCUGCAACAAGAAGGUGACGUCGAUGGGCGACGGCACCUGGCACUGCGAAAAGUGCAACGUCUCCCACGACAAGCCCAACUACCGCUUCAUCAUGUCGCUCAACGUGGCCGACCACACCAGCCACCAGUGGCUCAGCUGCUUCGACGAGACGGGCAACAUGAUCUUUGGCAAGACGGCCAACGAGCUUAUGGAGCUCAGGGAGAAUGACGAGGUCAAGUUCAUGGCGGCCUUUGAGGAGGUGAAUUGCAAGAAGCUGAGUUUCCGGUGCCGGGCCAAGAUGGACAAUUACGGGGACACGCAGAGAGUGCGGUACCAAGUCAUGAAUGCGUCCUUGCUGGACUUCAAGGCGGAGGGCAACAAGCUGGCGGAGAUGAUCAAGCAGUUUGACAUGAACUCGUAG